AGGAAGGAGGGAGGGAGGGAGUCCCUGCGGGGAAGGCGUCCCAAGCGGAGGGGAUGCUGCUGCUGCUGGGGCUGGGGCUGGCCCUGCUGCGCCCGGGAGCGGGACGGGGCCUGCGCCCGGCCUCCCCGACUGCCGCCUCCUCCUCGGGUCCCAUGGGCCUCCCUUCCUCGGGCUCCCCGGCCUGGUGCCCCUACAAGGUGCAGGGCCAGGACUCGCUCUGCUUCCGGAGCCCCGCGCUGGGCUUCGAGUGCGGCCCCGGGCGCUGCCUCUCCUCCCACCGCUCCCCGGGGCGCUCGCUGCUGGCGCUGGUCCUCCGCAACGGCAGCGUCCUCCUCCAGUGGCAGAGCCCAGGCCCCGGCGAGGAGGAGGCGGCGGCGGGCGGCUUCCGCCUCUCGUGCUCCUGGGCCGGGGCCUACACGCGCUUCCCCUGCGAGAGCGUCCUCCUGGGCGCCGCCUGCAGGGACUUCCUCCUCCCCGAGGCCCACCCCGGCGCCCGCUACCGCCUCUGCCUCCAGGCCCUUCCCGGACCGGCCACGCCAAGGCCUCACCCGGACCCCGGCGGCCCCGAGGACUGCGUCGAGUUCCCCGUCGAGGCCUCCGGGCCCCGCGAGAUGGUGGUGGCCGUGGCCGCCGUCGGAGGCGCCAUCUGCGUCAUGCUGGUCCUCAUCUGCCUCCUGGUGGCCUACCUCACCGAGAACAUGGCGCCCAGCGGCCCCAAGAGGGCGCCCUGAGACCCCGCGGCGCCCGGGAGGAAGGCCAGUAACAUCUGAAAUCACAGACUUCAGGCUUAAAGAAGAAGGACACAUACGUCAAAUAAACGUAUUUGAAAGGCAUUCGCUCCACCCCACACAAAUGGCAGGCUUAAACAUUUUCAAGCAGAACUUUAAGCCGCUU